AUGGCCUUCCUCCGGCAGACGGGCACCCUCGUCCGCAAGAACUUCCUCAUCGUCUGCUGGCGCCAUGCCUUCCCGACCUUCAUCCGCGCCUUCAUCCUCCCCAUCAUCCUCAUGGCCUUCUUCACCUUCGCUCGCAACCUCUUCGUCCCGCCUGCGCUCUUCGGUAUCGGCGACUCCCGCCCCGUCAAGUCCCUGCCGGACGCCCUGUCCUACGCCAGUGGCUCCGGUCGAGACACCGUCGCCUUCGUGAACAACGGUCUUGCGGGCGGGCAGAUCGACAGCGUCAUCAACGUUCUGGCCGGCGUGGUGGAGGGCGCCGGGGCGAAAGUGCGCCGCCUGCGCGUGUCGCAGGAGCUCGAUACCGUCUGCAGGAGCUCCCUGCGCGGCGUGACCUCGUGCUACGGCGCCGUCGUCUUCCAAGGGUCGCCUACCGAGGGCGAGGGCCGCAUCUGGAACUACACCAUCCGCAACGACGGCGCCCUGGGCCUGGGCAAGAUCGACGUCGACAAGGGCACCAACGACGGCCAGAUCUACAUGCUGCCCUUCCAGCACGCCAUUGACGCCGCCAUCACCGGCAUGGACCCCACCGCCGACAAGCCCGUCCUGCCCAACACGACCCACGAAUAUCCCUACACCACCCUGACGGUCCAGGAGCGCGCCGACAAGAUUCGCGUGCAGUACCAGAACUCCCUGACCAACUUCUUGGCCGUCGCCUUCGUCUCGGGUGUCAUUGGCGUGUGCUACCACUCCGUCGGCUUCAUGGCUACCGAGCGAGAAAUUGGUAUGGCCACCCUGAUCGAAGCCAUGAUGCCGACCAGGCGCCGCUGGCAGGCCCAGGCCUCGAGGCUCUUGUCGUACCACAUCUCUUUUUCGCUAAUCUACCUGCCCGGCUGGGUCGUCGGCUCCCUCAUCGUGGCCCGCGGAGUCUUUGCCCAUACCAACGUCGGCAUCGUGCUCAUCUACCACAUACUCGUGGGUCUAGCAUUUGUCUCCAUGUCGCUCUUCGGCGGAGCAUUCUUCAAAAAGUCUCAGCUGAGCGGCGUCACCGUCACCCUCAUAUACCUGCUACUAGCCAUUGUCGCGCAGACUGUGAGCUACCCAAAGACAGCCACUGUCGCUGUCUUGAGCUUUCUCUUUGCGCCGUGUAACUACACCUACUUCAUCACCUACCUGGCCCGGUUCGAGCGCCAGCAGGUGGGCACGAACCUCCUCAAGGUCGGCAAAGACAGCCCUUGGAACGUGCCUGGCCUCGCCCUCUGGAUCUUCCUGAUAGUCCAGAUCAUCGCCUAUCCUAUCAUCGGCGCCUUCAUCGAGCAGUACCUCUACGGCACCAGCAGCCACGGACGCACCAUCGUCUUCGAGGGCGAGUCCGGCCACGAGGGUCUCGACGAGGCCGCCGUCAAGCUCGACGGCUUCACCAAGGUCUACAAGCCGGGUUUCAUCCGCCGCAUGUUCUCAUUCAUCUCUAAGCCGAAGCCACCCGUCUACGCCGUCAACGGCCUGACGCUCUCCGCCGGCCGCGGCCAGAUCCUCGCGCUGCUCGGCGCCAACGGCAGCGGCAAGAGCACGACGCUCGACUCGAUCGCCGGCACAAACAGGCUAACCAGCGGCAGCAUCACCAUCGACGGCACCGGCGGUCUGGGCAUCGCGCCGCAGAAGAACGUCCUCUGGGACGAGGUCACGGUCGAGGAGCACGUGCUCAUCUUCAACAAGCUCAAGUCGCCCGGGCAGGUGGCCUCGCGGGCCGAGAUCCUCGAGCUGAUCGCCUCGGUCGACCUGGACCGCAAGGUGAAAGCGCAGUCCAAGACGCUCUCGGGCGGGCAGAAGCGCAAGCUGCAGCUCGGCAUGAUGCUGACGGGCGGCAGCGCCGUGUGCUGCGUCGACGAGGUCUCGAGCGGGCUCGACCCGCUCAGCCGCCGCAAGAUCUGGGACAUCCUGCUCGCCGAGCGCGGCCGGCGCACCAUGAUCCUGACGACGCACUUCCUCGACGAGGCAGACCUCCUGGCGGACCACAUCGCCGUGCUGUCCAAGGGCACGCUGAAGGCCGCGGCGUCGUCGGUGGAGCUCAAGGACAGGCUGGGCGGCGGGUACCGCAUCCACGUGCACAAGACCAAGGCGCUCGUCGACGGGCCCCCGGUCGAGGGCGUCUUCAAGAAGAACUCGUUCGACGUCAUCACCUACAUCGCCCCGUCGUCGCGUCUCGCCGCCGAGGUCAUCAAGACUUUAGAGAGGGAGGGCAUUCACGAUUACCGCUUCUCGGGCCCUACCAUCGAGGACGUCUUCCUGCAGCUAGCGGAGGAGGUCAAGGACCAGAGCAAUCCUUCUUCUUCGGACGGUCCACCGAUCGGAGGCGCAGGUGCAGCGGCAGCUAUCGGCACUGAAAAGGGCGGCGCGGCGCUGGAGGACGUACGUGUCACGGACGAGAAGCAGGACGACCUCGAGCUGCUCUCUGGCCAGCGCAUCGGGUACGUCCGCCAGGCGUGGGUGUUGUUCCUGAAGCGCUGCGUCAUCUUCAAGCACAACUGGGUGCCAUACUUUGCAGCAUUCAUCAUCCCCGUCAUCGCCGCGGGCCUGGUCACGCUCUUUGUGCGCGACCAGACGCCUCCAGGAUGUACGCCCUCACAGCAGGGCACCGAGGAGAAACCGCAGAGUUUCCUGACCAAUGACUUUGGCGGCUCUAUUUUCUUCGUCGCCGGGCCCCCCUCGCAAUUCUCCCCGACCAAGCUGAUCGACCUCUUCCUGCCAGCCUUUGGCGGCGCUUCAGCCGGUUCCGGCAACUCGACCAACGGGGCUGCUGCGGGAGGGCUGGCCCGCAUCGCCAACAAUAUCACGUUUGCCAAUACCUACGAGGAGUUUCAGAACCUCAUCGUGAGGGACCGCAAAAAGGUCACACCCGCGGGAUGGUGGCUCGGCGAUGCCAACUCGCCGCCCACGGUCGCCUACAAGGCCAACUACCUCGACACGGUCAACGCCUUCUUUGGCCAGACGCUGCUCGACAUGAUGCUGACCAACACGUCCAUCGCUGCCACAUACGCGCCCUUCAACAUCCCAUGGGCCCCCGAUACGGGCAAGUCGCUGCAGCUGCUCGUCUACAUCGGCCUCGCCCUGUGCGCCUACCCGGGCUUCUUCGCGCUGUACCCAAACCUGGAGCGCCGGCGCAACGUCCGCGGGCUCGAGUACUCCAACGGCGUGCGCGUAUUCCCGCUGUGGGCGGCGUAUGUGGCAUUUGACUUUGCCAUCGUCAUCCUGUCGUCGGCGCUCGCCGUCAUAUUGUUUGCGGCGCUGUCCAAGGUGUGGUACCACGUCGGCUACCUCUUCCUCGUCUUUGCGCUGUACGGCCUCGCCAUGACGCUGCAGGCCUACCUCAUCUCGCUCUUCAGCCGCAACCAGCUGUCGGCCUACGCCUUCACGGCGGCGGGCCAGGCCGUCUUGUUCCUGGUGUACCUGAUCGCUUACCUGUGCACCAUCACCUACGCGCCGGUCAACAAGGUCGACAACUACCUGCUCCUCGUGCACUUCCUCGUUUCGGCGUUUGCGCCCAUCGGCUCCGUGAUCCGAUCCAUGUUCCUCGCCCUCAAUCUUUUCUCGGCGACCUGCGUCGGAGACCAGAUCGCGCCCAACCCGGGCGGCAUCCUGCAGUACGGCGGGCCGAUCCUCUACCUCAUCGUGCAGUCGGUGCUCUUCUUCCUGCUGCUGCUCGUCUGCGACAGCGGCAAGGCCAAGUUCUGGUUCGCCCGCCUCUUCUCGCGGCGGUCCAAGAAGAACUCCGCCAACGACGAUGCAGGCCCGCAGGACGGCGCCGACGCCGAGAUCGCCAACGAGCUGGUCCGCGUGACGUCGUCGGUGCGCGGGUCGACGACGGAGCCCCUCGACGGCCUGCGCGCCGUGCACCUGAGCAAGACGUUCGGCAAGAACACGGCCGUCGACAACGUCACGUUUGGCAUCAAGCGCGGCGAGGUGUUCGCGCUGCUGGGCCCCAACGGCGCGGGCAAGUCAACGACCAUCAGCAUGAUCCGCGGCGACCUGCAGCCCGACAGCGGCGGCGACGUCUUCGUCGAGAACGUGUCGGUGUCGCGGCGGCUGGCGGCCGCGCGCGCGCACCUGGGCGUGUGCCCACAGUUCGACGCCGUGGACCAGAUGACGGUGCGCGAGCACCUGCGGUUCUACGCGCGCGUGCGGGGCAUCCCGGACGUGGAGCACAACGUGCGGGCCGUGACGCGGGCGGUCGGCCUGCAGGCGUUUCGGGACCGGCAGGCGCACGCGCUGUCGGGCGGCAACAAGCGCAAGCUGAGCCUGGGCAUCGCGCUCAUGGGCAACCCCUCGGUCGUGCUGCUCGACGAGCCGAGCUCGGGGCUCGACGCGGCGGCCAAGCGCGUCAUGUGGCGCACGCUGGCGGCGACGGUGCCCGGCCGGUCGAUCCUGCUGACGACGCACAGCAUGGAGGAGGCGGACGCGCUGGCGGGGCGGGCGGGCAUCAUGGCGAAGCGCAUGCUGGCCAUGGGCACGGUCGACCAGCUGCGGGCGCGGUUCGGCGACAGGCUGCACGUGCACCUCGUGUGCAAGGGGGCGCCGCGGACGAGCGACGCCGACGUGGCGAGGGUGCGCGCCUGGGUCGGCGCGGCGUUCCCCGGCGCGGAGAUGGAGGACAAGACGUACCACGGCCAGAUGCGGUUUUCGAUUCCGGCGAGGGAGGUCGUCCUUGCGCGCUCGGGCGGCGCUGCGUCAAGAAGGGCUGAAGGGGGGGUAGAAGGAAGAGGUGGUGGUGGUGGUGGGAAAGGCGGGGAGUCGUCGGUGGCGACGGUGCAGGAGCAGAGCGCUAUCGGGCAGCUCGUCGUCCUGCUGGAGGAGGAGCGGGAGAGGCUGGGCGUGGAGCACUACAGCGUCAGCCCGACGACGCUGGACCAGGUGUUCUUGACGGUCGUGGGGCGGCACAACGUCGUGGAGGAGGGGUACCAGGCUGCGCAUGAGGGGGAGGACAAGAAGAAGGGGUGGUUUAGGAGGAGGAAAGUGAAGUGA